UUCAUGAAGACACUCUGCAACAACUAGCAGAUAUUGUGUAUGAUGCUCAAGAUGAAAACCUGACACAGUUGUUCCUGGAAAAAAUUGAUAGAGACUUGUCAACUUGUAAUCUCUCCUGGGAUGUUUUAUAUUAUUUAAUCAAAGGCUCAAAGAAAAAAGUGACACUAGACCUUCCAGAGGGAAGGUUUAAUGUAUCGAACAUUCCAAGCCUUCUCACUGUACUCGAUACAGUUCGCUUUAAAAGGAUAAGCCCACGUUUUGUCAGGGCUGCAUUGAGAGAGAUAUAUCAAAAACGGGCAGGUCAUCUUAUUGUGAAAUUAUUGCAAUCUUCAGCUGACCUGAUUAACCUUUGCAUGAGAGAGUUGGACUCCACCGAUUGCAAAGCUCUCUGCUUUGCUCUGCACUACAGUGAUGGGGUUAAGCUCAAUCUGUUGAACUCUGUCAUACCAAGUAAUGAGACGGAGAGCAUUGUCAAGCUUCUGCACAGAGUUUCUGAUCUCAGGAUUGAUAGAAAGCUGAUGUUGAACUUUCUUCGUGUCUCUAAGGACAUGGAAAAGCAAGGAUAUCCAACGUCUCCACUCUUAACCACACUGAACCACAAACUAGACUUCUCCUGCCAUUCGUCCAUCAGCAGUGGUCGUUUUACUCUAAGUGUUAUGGAUUGUAUGGCCAUUUCCUAUGCCAUUGAAACAUCAAGUGUGUGUGACACAGAAUUAAUUUUAGAAGACUGCAAAGCAGAUGAUUCUGCACUAGAAAUUCUUUUUCCUAUUUUACACAAAGUGCAUCUUCGCUUGGGCAAAGGCCUCCUUUGCCAGUUUCUGACCUUGAUUUUAAAUGCUCCAAUGGCUAUGUCUUUGAAAUGGGCAUCAUCACUGUCCAAAGCACUUGGAAAACAGCUGGACCUCAGUGAGACUCCAGUUAACUACCGUACUUGUGAGUCUCUGCAAUUGGUCUUGGACUACGUAGAGGAGCUUACACAUCUUAAUCUAAGUCGCUGUCAAAUCACAGAUGCAUGCUUGGAUCUUUUAACCCCUUACCUUCACAAAAUUAUGACUCUGGAUGUAAGUGGCAAUGAGAUUACUGACAAAGGACUACUGAGACUGUGCAGCGCCUUAGAAGGAAACAGUUUCACAAAGACCAUAUGCCUUUGUGACAACCAAAUAACUGAGACUGGGCUUUUGGUGGAAGAAGCACGUUUUGUAACCCUACAUGCUGGUACAAAAACCAACCAAAAAUGUGCCCAACACCAGAGUUAUAUGACAAAAGAUUUGACAUUAAAAAGCAAGAUGGAAAAAACACACAAGACCUGUUUUAAGAGAGAAGAUCAUGUGAUGGAGUUUGAGCCUGAACUAGAAGUGAAUAAAGGCAAGAUUUUCUAUAGGUUUCAGUGCAACACAGGAGGCCUUUUCAUGUGCAAGGCAACAGGACUUGUGUUUGGAAUGAAAGGGAGUGGAUGUGUAGAGUACAGCGUGGCUCACUGGGAUAAGCGUAUCCUCAUGGGAACACAUUAUGAGCCUGCUGGGCCUCUGUUUGAUAUCAAUACGCCUACAGGACAAAUGUAUGAACUUCAUCUUCCACACUGUGAGACACAAGUUGAUGAAAUUGGGAAACUCUCUGUUGUCCAUACACAUGAAGACAAACUGGAAUUCAUGACACCAGUCAGAAUAACUAAAACGCAUAUAGCUGUAAAUAUCUGUAGGUUAUCUCGGUAUGGAAUUGUGGAUGAGAAAGAUCAUGACCGCAAAAUGAUCAGUGGGCAAGUGCUGCUGUUUCUGGAGCCAGAUGUGUCUGACAGACAGCAAAGAAUAUGGGUUUUCUUAUUGCCAAGCAAUGUUCCACUCUUAGAGAUAAAAGAACAGCAACAAGAAUAUGAGUUUAUCCAGACCAGCUCUAACUGCAAACUGUGGUUAAAUGAAAAGUACACGCUGAUAUCAAAUCAAGCUGAAAGAGUCCAACCAAAGGAAUGUUUAUUUGAAUCUCUACAUGCUGGAAAUCACCAUCCUACAUUUGAGGUCUUUUUAGACAAAUGUGUGACUGAACUGCGAAUUAAAAUUAAUCGUAAAUUAAAGAAAAAUGAUAGUAUUUCAUUUAAAAAUGCUUGGAAGCGUUGGAUAAUUCUCAAAGCAAAAAGAGAUAAUUGCAAACAAAUCAUCUGCGAAGAACUUGUAAGCAAUCAUGGAAACAUGGAUUGUAAGAAUUUACAAAAAUGGAAAUCUGAUCUUCGUGACAUCAUAGAGGAUCUUUCCAAAGAUGAACUCAAAAAACUAAAGCAUUUAAUGCGAAACAGUGAGAACAGAGACUCCAUUCCUGUGUCUAAACUUGAAAAAACUAAGAAUAACAGAUAUAAGCUGGUAAAUUUGAUUGUUCAGUCAUGGGGAUUUAAAGAAUCUGUGAAAGCUACAAAUGAGUUUAUGAAUAAGCUCCCUCGCAGAGAUGAUUUAGUGAAAGGACUACUGGAGCCACACCUGAAACAGUUUGGCCUUCCUGAUUAGUGGAAUAUAAACCCUGCAACUGUAUGUUUGUCAGACCGCACUAUGAAACCAUUUUAUAUGAGCAUUCAAUGGCAGGUUAUGUAUGUAAAUUAUACUGUAUAUGUAUAU